AGACAACCCAACCAGAUCAGUCUCAAAGACGAAACUCUUCUAGAGUUCAACGAGAAGUGGCAGUAACUAUAUCUUCAUAUAUGAAGUAGUGUAACAACUGUUUUAUUAAAUAAAAUCUCAUUAUAAUAUUAAAAUAUUCAGCACUACAGAACAUAAAUUCACUAAUAUUAUGGAACUAGCUACAAUAAGUGAGAAAGACAAGGAAAGUGAUUCAUCAAAUGCUUCGUUGCUUGAUAAGCAUAAAAACCGAGAAAAUCCAUUCAGAAAGAAAUCAAAAUUUGGCCUGGCAUCUAGUACAUCUUUAGCUGGCACAGCAAAAACUAAAAGGGAAAGGUCACACUCCAUGCCAUUUAUUGCAAAAGGACUACAAAUACCAAAAACUGAUACUGCCAAAAUAUGUUUUGAAAACAUGUCCAUGACAAUAUCUGGAUUAUAUUGCAAUUUACUAGUUGUCCUUGGGAUGUCUUUUCCAAUAGCCGAAGUUCUAUCUGCUCACGUCCCAGCAUCAAUGUACGAGGCAUUUUACUUGUACUUGUAUCUGGGAAGCUUGAUUUAUUUAAUAUUCAUUUAUUUAACAAUUAUUAAAAAAAACUCAAGAUAUAUUCAUUUACAAGAUUCCAUCAAAAGAAAGGUGUGUGAAAAGCAAUCCAUUGAAGAACCAAAGCAUAAAUUUGAAUCUGCAACAACUGCCAGUAGAUAUGGAAGUUUUUAUUUACGCAUGGGAGCAGCUGCUUUUGGGAUAGGGAGCAUGAUAUAUUCUGGAUUAGAAUUUGGUCAAUAUUUUGAGCUUGUAAGGAAUGUUAACUGCAGCAGUGUUCUGAUGGCAGUAACUCCAGCAGUCAGAAUGGCAUUUGUUAUGAUUCAAUUACAGUUUAUCUUUAUGAGUGAUAAGCAAAAGAAUUUAUCGAAAUACAGAAUUUUAUCUAAAUUUGGAUUAAUGCAUAUGAUUGCAACUAAUUUAUCAGUAUGGUUAAAUGUGUUGAUUCAAGAAACUAAACAUGAGAUAGUCACAUUUUUCAACCCACAUGCCGCGACCUCUAUGGGAAUAAUUGCUGAUUUCUGGACUACCAACAAAUUAUUAAAAGAAAAUUCAUUUAAAGAAGAUCCUAUCAUUUUGAACGACACAGAAAGUUGGUUGAAUAUGGCUCUGAACAGAACAAAAAGAGGACUUCACCGUCCACAAGAGUUAUACAAAUGCCGAAGAGCAAAUAUUAUGGGGUCACUAUUGCAAAAUGCAGCACCAUUUCUUUUUCCUUGUACAAUAGAAUACAGCUUAAUAUGUGCAGUCAUAUUGUAUGCAUUGUGGAAGAAUGUAAGCGGAAAAAACAAAAAACAUAAAACACAUUCAACUUCAAACAAGGUACUAAAACCAGUCACUACGAACACCUCACAAUACUUCACUGUAGACUGUGCUAAUGCCCAUAAAGGUCUUUUUGCUAGCUUCGUAGUCCUAGUAUUUACAAUAAUUAGCCUAAUCAUGUUCUUUGCUUUGAUCAAAGAAGAAGACUAUGCUACAACUGCAGUUUUUCAAGUUAAUUUAUGCGAACUUACUCUGUAUGUUAUUAGUACUCUAGCAACCGUUUUCGCCAUGUAUAAAAUUAAAUACUUACCGUAUGAAAAAAACAGGCACUUAGAAUUAGAUACUAUACUCUUGGUUAUGGCACAAACUGGACUUUAUAUUUACUUCAUGUUUUCCCUUAUUGCUGGUUACUUCACAAGAGAAAUUUUUACAAGACCGAAUAUAUUUGUGACAGCAAUAUUCGGAAUCAUUCAAUCAUCAAUGCAAACAUUAUUUAUAAUUGAUGCUUGGUGGAGAAGAUGUAUAACAGCGAGUUCAGCAAGAAAAAAACCAGCAAGACAACUUGUAACAUUCCUAUUAAUAUCAAAUCUAGCAAUGUGGGCUAUCAAUCACCUGGAAAACGCUCGUGCUGAUUUCCAUCCGAUAGAACUGAGAUUUUAUGGUGUCUGGGCAUGGACCAUUAUAACUCAUUUGUCUAUGCCUCUUGCAGUAUUCUACAGAUUUCAUUCAACUGUAUGCCUCUGUGAGAUAUGGAAAUGUACUUAUAAAAUGAGACUUCAAAAUGACCUGAUAAAAGUUCUAUAAUAAAAAUAUCUCUGAAUGAUCUUUUGUUUUAACUCCAAUAUCACUUUUAUGUUAUAAAUACAUGAAAUUUGCAAUUAAAACACAAUUUUUAA